CUUCAGUUUAAUAAUAGCUUAGAACAUGAAAUCCUUAAAUCAUUCCUAAAAUCAAUAUCAUUAUUUGAAUAUAGCAAUAAAAUUAUCCAAAAACUUGUUUCAUUUUUGGAUCCACGUUCUAAAUCAGAUGAAUUUUCAAAUGUGAUUAUUAAAUGUGCACGAAAAAAAUGUCUGAAUUAUUAUUCAAAGAUUUUUGCCAACAAUAACCUGGAUGAAUUAACACAAGCAGCAAAUAAAGAACUGGAAUGUUAUAUUAAUCGUCCACAAACAUCAUUAAAUAGAAAUAUUGAUCCAUAUAAAUGGUGGCAAGGUUCAAAACAAAUGCUUCCUGGGUUAGCUGCUCUUGCGAGAGAAUAUUUGCCUAUAUUAGCAGCUGAUAAUAAAAAUUUGGCAAACAAACUGAAUGAAUCAAAUGAAUACAUAACAACCCAUAAUAAUAAAAUAGCAGAUAAAAUAGCUUUUUUGAAAUACAAUAUGAA